AUGCCUCCGUUAGGAGGCAAUUCUCCAAGAAAAAACGAAAUCGACAACCGAAUAGUCAGAACCGAUAUAUCUGAUAAUCCUCUACGGUUGACGCCUGGCGCAAGAAUGAGGGAAGAGCCUCCAGAAUUGCCUCCAAAACCACCAAAGUACCAAAGGCAGUUUCAAAGACAAGCGUCCUUAAUCUGCAAGCCAACUAGACAAAUCGUACGGUGUAGAACACGCAGCGAGGAUUUAGAAAUGGCGCAGUUAAGACAAAGACAGACGACAAAAUAUGAAAGAAACGCUGAUAGCGAUGACGGUCUAGAAGAUAAUAGACUGAAGCAUAGAUAUGAAGUUAUCCGAGACUUUGAUGAUCUCACAGACUAUUCACCGACGAAGAAGAGAAUAGUUGAAGCUGACGCCAGUGAAAUAGAAGAGUAUAAUGUAGAUGGACCAGACGAAAACGAAUUGAAAGAAAUACCAACGGAAAUAGUAAAAACGGUAAACGGAAAGACACAUAGAUACGCGAUAGUACCCUCCGAUGAUGAGGAGCCGAGGAAAAUGAACGUAACAUUCUCAUCUCCAAUUAUGUCGCAGAAGAACCUGAUAGCGACUCAAAAACUCCAUGAGUUGCUAUCGACGCCCAGGAAAUUAAAAAGUUAUGCGAGCCAACCAUCAGUGAGAAUGACACCGAACAAACAGACAAGUCCAAACGUGUAUGUAGAUACUCCGAGGAAGUUUAUCGCAAGCACACCAACAAAAGGGGUUACUCCUUCUAAAUCUUGUGCUAAUUUAACGCUGAUGAGAAGUGGAACCUCCCCAAUCUCACCAAAAGCGCAGCAGAAGUUGAAUUACGGUUUGCCCGAAGAGUUGGAAAGGCAAGACGUAUUUGUGACAAGUAUAAGAGAUAAAAGUCGCGAUAGGAGUUUUGAUAUGGACAGGAGAGAAGUGAGCCGAGACAGCAGAAUAAAAUACGAUGCUAAAGGAAGAGAUAGUCAAAGGAGAGACAAGAACACAGCAAUCAUUAUGCCCAGGUACGUGAACUUAUGA